CAGUGUCACUUAUCACCUGACAAAUUUCAUUUUAUCCAUGGCAGGUUGACCUUGAGAAGCCACUAAAAGAACAAGGUCCCUUUGACCUUAUAAUACACAAGAUAACAGACUACAUGGCAGCAGCCACUGAUGGAGAUUCACAGGCCUUAAAAACAAUGAAGGAACUGGAAAUGUACAUCAAAGAUCACCCAGAAGUCAUCAUCAUUGAUCCAAUUGAAUCUGUACAUAAGUUAUUUGACAGAACAACGAGUUACCAGAUCAUGAAGGAAUGUGAAAUUCUGGAGGAAGGAGUAAGAGUCUUCAUCCCUAAUUUUGUGCAAAUUGAUGAGCUGGAUUAUAAAAAAAACUUGAUGAAAAUUGAAAAUGCUGGUGUUUUAUUCCCAAUGAUGUGUAAACCAGUCAUUGGUCAUGGGUCAGAGUUGUGUCAUGAGAUGGCACUGAUCUUUAAUAAAGAAGGUCUCAGGAAUGUGAGCCCUCCAUGUGUUGUUCAACAGUUUGUCAAUCAUGAUGCCUUGUUAUUUAAGGUAUUUGUAGCAGGAAACAACCAUUAUAUCGUUGAAAGACCAUCGAUAAAGAACUUUUACAAGACAGCCGCCAAAGAUAUGAAAACAAUAUUCUUUUCAUCACAUGAUGUUUCUAAACCUGACGCUGGUUCCUAUCUUAGUGAGCUGGAUGAAGAUGAUGAUAAUGACAGUGGUAUAGCGCUGGAUGUAAACCUAGUUUUGAAGCUCGUUAGGAAGCUUCAACCAAAGCUGAAUUUGACAAUGUUUGGUAUUGAUGUUGUUGUGGAGAAAGGAACAGGGCAUCAUGUUGUAGUAGACAUCAAUUAUUUCCCUGGCUAUGAAGGUGCGCCAACCUUUCCUGUUGAUUUUGCAAAGUAUGUUCAUGACUUGCUCGACAAAUCACAUACAAAGGAAAGGGGAUCUUCAACUCCAAUAGUUUUGAGUUGACAAAGGACUGUCCAUUUAGCAAACCUUUGCUAAUGUGUGCAGUAACUAAAAUGCAACUUCGUGAGUGCAGUAUGAGUAAACUAAUGCCUCUUUUUGCAUGCUCAAUCAAAUGGUUUGUUGUUAAAUUUUUGUACUUCACAGGUUUUGGCCAACGUGCAGGCCAACUGUCAGUCAUGGUCCUGCUGGCUUUCAGUUGGUUGCCAACUGUCAGCUGACAUGUUGGCUGAGGCAUUAGUUGGUAUCAGAUUCUUUACCUAGUUCCAACUGUUAUGGAAUUUUCAAUGACUUCUUUUAAAUAGAGGGAGAAUUAACCACGGGAGGAGAGACAUUGGUUUACUUGCUAAAUAAUGAGUAAUAAAUUUAAAUCCAUUUUGGACUAGGCAAUGAAUAGCAUUUUAAUUUAAAUUAACCCGAUGUAAAUUUACUUUCGUUUAUUAUCUCUGUAAUAAACAUUUUUAGCAUCACUGGAUGUUGUUGUCGUAUUUCAUGCCAUGUGACGUUUCUCUCUAAAGUAGUUUCUGAUUAAAUCCUUUUCUUCUAUUAGACACAAUGGCAUCAUUUUGGAUAAAUGACCGAUUCUCCAGGGUUGCAUGAUACUCGGUGUUACAUGUAUUAGAACAUUGAGCCAGAAGGUGUAUUUCAAAACUAUGUACAAAGUGUCAUGUGUUUAUGAAGCUAUGCUCAGGUCAACAAUAUUUAGUAAUGAAUUUCGGGACUUAUUAGACAGUAACACAACCUUCAGUUGUUAUACUUGAACUUUAUUUUAACAGUAUUUUUAAAUCUAGUGAUUUGUAAAAAUGGACUGUAAUUCCUUUUGAAUAAAAAACCCCUUAACAUUAAACUGCUCCUGUAUCCAGUCAGUUUUUAAAAAAAAAAUUGUUAAAACAUCAAAAUCUCAAUAAAUGUACCCAGACAUUCCA